CGGCGGCGGAGCGGCGGGGCCGAGCCGGCCAUGAAGCUGCUGCGGGCGGCCCUGGGGCUGCUGCUGCUGCUGGGGCCGGCGGGCGCCGUGGAGCCCAUCAGCCUGGGGCUGGCGAUCGCGGGCGCCGCCGCCUCGGCGCUCACCGGCAUCAUCUCCUACCCGCGGCUCUACUGCUACUUCAGGGAGUGCUGCCUGCAGCGGCAGGACCAGCGCGCUGCCGCCGGGCUGCAGGAGAACCUGGAGAGGAGGCUGUUCGGGCAGCACCUGGUGAGCAAGGUGGUCGUGAAGGCCGUGAGAGGCUUCUUGAACAACACCAACGCCAAGAAGCCUCUCGCCCUGUCCUUGCACGGCUGGACUGGCACAGGCAAGAACUUCGUCAGCAGGAUCGUGGCCGAGAGCAUUUACAAGAGAGGCCUGCACAGCAAGUACGUCCAUCAGUUCGUGGCCACUUUGCACUUCCCUCAUGCCAACAGCAUCAACCUCUACAAGGACCAGCUGCAGUCCUGGAUCCGGGGCAAUGUGAGCAUCUGCCCCAGGUCCCUCUUCAUCUUUGAUGAGAUGGACAAGAUGCAUGCAGGACUCAUUGACUCCAUCAAACCUUUCCUGGACUACUAUGAGCUCCUGGAUGGGGUCUCCUACCGCCAAGCCAUCUUCAUCUUCCUCAGCAAUGCAGGAGCUGAGAAGAUAACAGAGGUGGCCCUGGACUUCUGGAGGAAGGGGAGGAGCAGGGAGGACAUCCAGCUGACAGACAUCCAGAAUGCCCUCUCUGUGUCUGUCUUCAACAACAAGAACAGUGGGUUCUGGCACAGCACCCUGAUCGACAGGAACCUCAUCGACUACUUCGUGCCCUUCCUGCCGCUGGAGUACCGCCACGUCAAGCUGUGCGCCCGCGCCGAGGCCGAGGCCCGCGGCUACGCCGCGCACGACGAGCUGCUGGGCAGGGUGGCCGAGGAGAUGACCUACUUCCCCAGGGAGGAGAGGAUCUACUCGGACAAGGGCUGCAAGACUGUGGACUCAAAGCUGGACUACUACUACGACUUGUAG